AUGACUAACAUUCGGAUUGGUGUUUUUCCGCUUGAAAAGGAUGCGCAAACAUGUUUUGAAGUUCCGACUUGUAAAAAUCCAGGAGCAGAGGUGGAAGUACUUCAACUGGCGUUUCGACUAAUUGGCGUUAAUUAUACAAUUGUAGAUGUUUGGAAAGAGUUCGGACAAUUAUAUGAUUUUGGAGCAAAACAAGCUGAUGGGAGUUGGUCCGGAAUGAUUGGUCUACUGCAAACAGGUCAACUGGACAUGAUUGGCCUUUCAAUGAGAAUGUCUUCAGAGCGAGAGGAAGCUGUAUUGUUUUCAUAUCCCACAAGAGUAUUUGAAACAACCAUCAGUUCAUUUAUUGUAAGCAGUCGGGUCCUCUUAGUGGUUACUCUAUUCACCACAUUCAUGUUAUCCCAACUCUAUCAAACAGACAUGUACGCUUUCUUAUCAGCUCCAUUAACAUAUGAUAUUCCGUUUCGAACGAUCAAACAAGCAUUGGACGUGGUCGACAAGAAGAAGAUGUUCUUUGCUGCUUUUGAAAAUCAGUCAUUUUUAUGUACUCCGAAUAUCUGUAAUCGGUAUGAACAGGUCAUAAAAAAGAACCCAGUAAAACGUGGUGAUACAUCAGAUGAUGUUGAAAGUUUGAUCCUAAAAGGCGGCAUAUAUCAAUCAACUAUAGAUAGCGCUUUGCUACCCGGAACACUUUCUUGGCUAAAUCCAGGACGAUCUCCGAAACAGUACCUGGUGAUACGGGAUGAAGACGCUCCUUCUUAUUACGUCGCAUACACAUUUGCGAAAAAACACAAAAAGCUUAUCAGAAAGUUUAACAAUGCCCUGAUAGAAGUGCUACCGGCAGUUUCAUUGAUAACAACCGGUCAUGGCUAUAACACAAAGAAAACUCCGAUGGUACAUAUUUGCAACAGUAUAUUAAUCUUUUUAUCCGUAUUCUCCUCAUGUAUUAUUGCUCAUCCACAUAAAACCAGUGUGAAGGAUCUGGAGAAGGAUCGGAUGCUCACAACAAACGAGUACUAUGUUGAAAAGGUGAAUCAAAUGGCCGGCAUUAGCUGCGAUUUGUGUAUGCGAGCCGUUUAUGGUGUAAAUUAUGAUUUCAUACAGCUGAAGAAAGAUGUCAUUGAAAUGAUUCGACUUGACUGUGAGGCCCUAUUCCACGAUCGUGCCGAAGACAUUUCCGAAUGCAUCCGUUUCCUGACUACCAAAGUGGAAAAGUACUCUGGCAAAGUGAGU